AUGUCCACCUCUAACAUGCCGACUUCUACUGCCAACUGGCAUUGGAAAAACAAGAACGUCACACCUUGGGCAAAGACGUGGUUUGAGCAGGAACUCGUAACGGUCUCCCACUCGGAAGGCGGUUCUGAGGUAAAGAUUACCAGCGUCAACGAAGUAGAUGGCGACUGCGAGCUCGGACAGCGCAAAUCCAAACUCAUCACCAUUUACGAUUGCAAAGUUGUCUUGUCCUGGACCGGCGAAAACAAGGACGGGUCCAAGGCCGAAGGGAAAUUAACUAUUCCAGAAGUUUCCCAUGAACAAUCGGAUGGCCUUAGCGACUAUGUUUACGACUGGACUCUGAAGACUUCGUCGACUCCCGAAGUUGAUGCCCUUUAUGCGCUCGCCAAGUCCAAGCUCCCUUCCCUCCUUGCUGAGCGAUUCACCGCAUUCCGCACGGCUAUGCUCGACACACACGGGAAAGACCUACAAGUAGCUGGUACACCCGGUGCCUCGGGCGCUGCUACCCCUUCGAUCUCCGCUCCUACCAACGCUGCGAGUUCCCUCUCCAAACCCGUCCCGGCCAAGGAGGUCAGCAAGGGAAUCACGAACUCGGCUGUGGUCACGGUGGACGCGUCGUUCAUGGCCAGCGCAGCCGAGUUGUAUGAGUUUUUGACAGAUGAGAAGAGAAUACCUGCUUGGACGAGGAACCAAGCUCAGUCGGAUGCGAGUGUCGGUGGAUCAUACAGUCUCUUUGGAGGCGGAGUUACGGGCAAAUACAUCGAGUUACAAAAGCCGAACAAGAUUAUCUCAACAUGGAGGCUUAAUUCGCCCAGUUGGCCAUCAGAUCACGACGGAAAACUCACUAUUACCUUGGAUCAACAAACCGACUCGACCAAGGUUGAGUUCAAGCUUUCUGGAGUUCCUCUCGGUCAAGAAGACGAGACCCGCAAGAAUCUUGAGGGCUACUACAUCGGAGGUUUCCAAUCUAUUGGGUAUGUCAGAGUCACGCCUACCGUUGUUUCUUCUUCCGCUCGUUCCACACGUUCGUCCAAGCCCCAAGAAACCAAAACUUCAUCAUGGGUUAUACCCUGCAUUUUUGCUUUACUCGCCAUGUCUGCCGCUAUUAGUUCCCGCUAUCUUUGA